UGAUUCAUGAUUCAUUCAUUCAGGUAUGCAUAGACACAAGCACCUCUUCGGCACGCCAGACGGCAUAAUCAUCUUUAAGGCAAUAUUUAUAUAUAUAUAUAUAUAUAUAUAUAUAUAUAUAUUCUGCUCAUUCAGAAAUCAAUCAUAGCGAACAAUGAAAUUCGGGAAGGAGUUUACGACCCACAUGGAGGAGACCCUCCCGGAGUGGAGGGACAAGUUCCUCUGCUACAAGCCCCUUAAGAAGCUCCUCAAACAGCACUUCCCCAAUCCCACCAACCCAGAUUCCAAUCUUCAUCAGAACCAUCAUAAUAAUACUACUAGUACUAAUGGCCUUGAGAACCAACCUACCUUGGUGGACCUCCAUGAAUGGUUCAUUCGGAUUCUUAACGAAGAGCUCGACAAGUUCAACGAUUUCUACGUUGAUAAAGAGGAAGAGUUCGUCAUACGCUUUCAGGAGCUGAAGGAAAGAAUAGAGCAAGUUAAGGAGAAGAGCAGCAAAGGUGGAGUUUUCACAUCAGAGAAUGAAUUCAGUGAAGAAAUGAUGGAGAUUCGGAAGGACUUUGUCACCAUUCAUGGGGAAAUGGUGCUUCUAAAAAAUUAUAGCUCUUUAAAUUUUGCAGGGCUGGUUAAGAUCUUGAAGAAGUAUGACAAACGAACUGGGGGACUGUUGCGUCUACCUUUCACACAACUUGCACUUCGCCAACCUUUUUUUACAACAGAACCUCUCACAAGAUUAGUCCACGAGUGUGAGGCAAAUCUUGAGCUGCUUUUUCCAUUGGUAGCAGAAGUUAUUGAAUCUAAUCCUUGUACCAAAGACCAGUCAAACCCACAACCAUGUAAUUCAGCAAAUAUCUCAUCCAAGACAUCAUCAACUCUUGCAGAGGAAACUGUGGAUCUUUACCGUGGCACUCUUGCUGCAAUGAAAGCCAUACGAGGCCUUCAAAAAGCAAGCUCCACCUGCAAUCCAUUGUCGUUCUCAUCCCUUUUUAGAAACCUGGAAGAUGAGGGUGCCGGUGCAGUGACUGCUGAAAACUCUGCUUCAGACUCUUCAGCUUCUUUUCAUAGCAGGAAAGAGGGGGAUCAUGAGGAUUCACAUUCUAUGUGACAAGUCCAUCUCUAGGGUUGCUGCAGUGUGCUUCUUUGAUUGUCUUGAUACUGUCUGGAACUGAAAAAUAGGUCUCCAUGGCUGCAUACCACCAGUUCAACAACCUAAUCAACUGUGAUUCAAAUGCUCGGAGUAGACUUGUCUUAUUAAGUCAAAUAUUUUAGCAGAUUUGGUUUCUGUAUAUGAAUUUUCUGAACAACACUGAUCAAUAGUCUGGUGGAUGAUUAAUUGGUCUUUCAACUGUUUUGAUUGAAAAAGCAGUUACUACUUUCAGGCUAAUAAUGCUGCUUAGGAUCUGCUGGAGGCAGCACUCCACAGUUCAAGCACAAAAAGUGAUGUUGAGGUGACAAGCACAAAGCUAUUAUAGGUUAGCUUCCUCAGCCGCUCUAAUUAUCAAACUCUCUUAAUUGAUUCUCUGGCAA